AUGGAAGCAAGUGCGAAGACUGGUAAUACUAAAGCUGUUGCUGCUGCUGCCAAAAGGCCACGAAAGCCUGAAUGCCUUCGUUUUAAAGAGAAAAUUCGACGACGGAAGCUGAUCACCUCAACUCGUAGGAAAAUAUUACAGCGAUUAAAGUACAUGAAGCUGAAAGGCCUGAUGAAGCAGCGUGCGGAAAAGUAUAUGCAUGAAUACCGCAGAAUGCAAAAGAAAGAAGUUGCUAUGCAGCGCGAUGCCAAAAAAACUGGGAACUUUUACGUUCCAGCAGAGCCGAAACUCGCUUUUGUUGUGCGCCUUCGUGGUAUAAAUGGAAUUCAUCCCCAGCCAAGAAAGAUUCUGCAAUUAUUCCGUCUUCGACAAAUCAAUAAUGGAAUGUUUGUGCGGUUAAAUAAGGUAACUUAA